UAAUUUAUGUAGUUUGAAAAGAAACUGUGGUCAAUUGUGCUUGAAGUUGUAUUUGAAGGAAAAAUGUGACGGAGCUGUUAUUUUUUUUUUUAUUUAAACCUUUGUACAGUGGGCCUUGGUGACUCACGUGAUUUCAUGGCCAUUGUCCUGUAUGGUGGAUUCAUCCGUGUCGUCAUAUCAUUAGGAGACCAGCCUUUGACAUUAACAGUUGCACGUGGCCCUCGACUGGAUGAUGGUGACUGGCAUCACGUCGAAGUGCGCCAGGAGCUGAAGACUAUUACGGUAACAGUUGACUACUGCAGGAACGCACGCAUGAUACAACUAGGUGAUGAGCUGGUGGAAGAUGAAAGCGAGUGCAAAAUAUCAGGAAACAUCAGAGGAACAAGCUAUUACCUGAACAGUCUCUGGCCACUACAGAUCGGAGGUGUCGAGAAUCCACAAAUUAAGUAUCCGGAACUUAACUACACGGGCUUCACUGGCUGCAUACGAAAGAUUUCAAACAACAAGCUUAUGUACGAUCUCAAAGAUCCACUGAAGGUAGUAAAUUCUCCCGAGGGCUGCACAAAAGCGCGCUGUCCGAAUUGUAACAACAAAGGAUACUGCGAGCCGUACUUGAAGAAAGCAAGUGUUUGUGUUUGUGAUGUUGGAUUCUCCGGCACAAAUUGUGCGACAAAGGCGAUUGGAAAUUUCUAUUUAGAAAAUAGCUACUCUCAGUACGAGGACACAUCGUUGACGUCAUCAACAUCACCAUCGUCAUCAUCUUCGUCGUCA